AUGGUUGUAUUAAAUCAGGAAGAUACAUAUGUUGGUGAUACCGGUGUCGUCACUGCGACGAGCACCGGAAUAGAUCCAAGUGAUCCACUCUACCUACAUCCGUCAGAAAAUCUUGGAGCAAUGCUCGUCUCAGUUCCUUUCAGUGGAAUUGGGUAUAGAUCCUGGAGACGUAGUGUCAUGCGAGGUUUGUCCGUCAAAAACCAAUUAGGGUUUAUAAGUGGAGAGUGCAAAUCACCAGAUCCUCAAACUCAAAGGUUUCGACAGUGGGAGCGAUGCGACGAUAUGGUAACGUCUUGGAUUCUAAAUUCACUCUCUAAAGAUAUUGCAAACAGUGUGGAGUAUGCUAAUAAUAUUGUUGAGUUAUGGAGAGAAUUGGAGGAUCGCUAUGAGCAAACUAAUUGUGCUAGGUUGUACCAGAUUCAAAAAGAGAUAAACGUCUUGUCUCAAGGUGUGCUGGACAUUACAGGUUAUUACACUAAACUGAAAAAGCUCUGGAAAGAGCUGAAUACUUUGAAUAAGAAGACUCACUGCAGUUGUACCUAUACAUGUGGUGCCAAGGAGAACAUACAUGAGGCCGAGCAGGACAGGAGAUUGAUACAGAUCCUUAUGGGACUUAAUGAGGUCUACAUUGUUGUACGUGGAAGCAUUCUUAUGAUGAAUCCACUGCCAACUCUUGCACAGGCUUUUUCACUGCUCAUUCAGAAUGAGAAGCAGAGAGAGAUCAAACCAAAUAACCAAAUGUUUUUUGAGUCUGCUUCCUUAAAUGUCAACACAUCAAAACAUGGUUCCUACAAAACAAAUUACUCUAACAAUAGCAAUUCCAUUGGAGGUAAUAGGCCUCGACCAUUUUGUGAUUACUGUAAGAGGCCAGGGCAUACCAAGGAUAAGUACUACAAACUACACGGGUACCCUCAGAGUUUUAGAAAUUCACACACUCAAAGUUCAAACGCAGGACAGAACAUGAAUCAAGCUGCAAGGUUCAACAAAGGAAGGAGAAUAGUAGCCACUGUGCAAGGGACCUCUGCUGAAGCAAUGCCAGCUGGAAAGGACGGAUCAGAAGAUAGAGAUGAGGUCAGACAUGUCAACCUUUCUAAGGAACAAUAUGGACAGAUCCUGAAUUUGCUGCAACAUUUUUAG